AUGGUAGUGGAGCUCAUGAAGAAUUACAGCAAAAUCAAAAGUUUUGUUUCAGAAUCCGAAGAAACUGCUGCUACCAUGGAAAUGGAGUGUAAAACAGUGGCUGAUUUGGCCAUGAACAAAUUCAAGAAAGUGAUUUCUCUUGUGGGUCGAUCCAGAAUUGGCCAUGCUCGAUUCAGGAGAGCUCCGGUGGCUCCACCACCGCCGUCACCGCCGCCCACUUCUUUUUCAUUGCUAUCUAAUCGAGUUACAGAAUUAGAACACUUUUCUAAUGAAGAACCUGAUAACAAAAUUUACUGCCCAAAACCAAUCAAUCAGGUCCCUCCAAGUAUUGGUGCAGUGAACCAAAAUUCGGAGAAGACUGUUAAUUUCUCAUACUCGCCGGCGAUUUCUGGUGCAAACUCGUUUACUCAGGUUUCUUCCGCCGCAAAGCCUCCUUCGUCUUCUUUGAAAAGGAAAUGCACUUUGUCGGAAAACGUACUUUCCGUCAAGUGCAAUGAAACUUCCGGCCAGUGCCACUGUUCCAAGAGAAGGAAGCAAAGGGUGAAGAUGGUGAUUAGGGUUCCGGCGAUAGGGACGAGGAUUUCAGAUAUCCCACCUGAUAAUUAUUCAUGGAGAAAGUACGGACAGAAACCCAUCAAAGGAUCUCCAUAUCCUAGGAGUUACUACAAGUGUAGCAGUGUAAAUGGGUGCCCGGCACGUAAACAUGUGGAGAGGGCUUUGGAUGAACCAACCAUGCUCAUUGUUACUUAUGAAGGAGACCACAAGCAUUCCCUUUCAAAUGCACAAACAAAUAAUUUUAUUUUAGAGUCUUCAAGGGGAAAAGUGUAA